AUGCUAGGUUUCCGGUUGCUCGGAAUCCUGCUCCUGGCACAGGCAAGUCUUGGCGGGGCGCAGCUGUUCGGUCGUGGCCAGAAUGCGGUGGCCCCGGCGGGCCGGAAUGUCCUACGGCAAGGCGAUCGCCAGCCGCAACACGAUCACACGCACAUCGAGACGAUCGAUGUCAAGUGUGACCAACGGAGCGGAAUGCUCGUGACGGUGCAGUUCGAAGACGACUUCCAGGGGGUCAUCUACAGUCAGGGCUACCACAACGACCCGAAGUGUCGCUACGUCCAGGCGAACCAGGGUGGCCGGCAGUUCACCUUCACGGUGCCAUACGCUGGGUGCGGCAGCAAGCCGUCGUGCGCCGUGUGCGCCUCGGUCGACAACGUGCUCGUCAUCCAGACGGACGACGAGGUGCAGGAGGCCUGGGACACGGCCCGCCGCAUCUCGUGCAGCCAGAGCGAGCAGCAGCAGAACACCAUCAUCUUCAAGCCGUUCGUCGUCGACCAGCUGGAGGUGAUCAAUGUGCCGACGUCGACCGGCGGUGUCGACUGCUGGAUGGACAUCCAGCGCGGAACCUUCCCGCGGAUCGAGCCCAUCCCGAGCAUCAUCAAGAUUGGCGAAGCGCUCAGUGUGCUCGUGUAUCUGCGCGAUCCGAAGGGCGAGUAUGACGUCUCGGUGAAGGACUGUUACGCCUACGAUAGCGCGGACUACGACGCUCCGAGCACCGCACGGUUGCAGCUGUCGGAUAAAAAUGGGUGCUCACGCAAGAAGAAGCUGUUCGGGCUGUGGCAGAAAACGACGCAGACCGGUGACUCGGGAGCCACGCUGGUGGUGCACAACAGCAUCAAGGCGUUCAAGUUCCCCGAUCGGAUGCAAGUGUUCCUGAAGUGCGACAUCGAAAUCUGUCGCGGUGGCUGCGGACCUCAGGUUUGCGCGGAGGAAAACCUCAUUAGCACGGUCGCUACGUAUUUACCACCAGUUGAUAAGCCCAAUUGCUAUCCUGGAUCAACAGAUCCACGGUGUCCUCAAACAACACCAAGACCAGUACCAACUACUACUCCUGCACCACGUUGCUUCCCAGGAUCAACUGAUCCACGGUGUCCUCAAACAACACCAAGACCAGUACCAACUACUACUCCUGCACCGCGUUGCUUCCCAGGAUCAACCGAUCCUCGCUGCCCGCAAACAACUACACGACCAGUUCCAACAACUACAUCUCAACCUCGUUGUUACCCUGGAUCUAACGAUCCGCGUUGCCCGCAAACAACAGCUGCUCCACGAUGCUAUCCCGGAUCAGACGACCCACGAUGUCCGCGUCCAACAACUGCUCGCCCUGUCCCAACCACAACAGCAGCGGCUCGUUGCUUCCCAGGAUCAACCGAUCCUCGAUGCCCUCAAACAACUCCUCGUCCCACUCUUAAGUGCUACCCAGGUUCAACUGAUCCACGCUGCCCGCAGACAACCAGCCGGCCUUUACCAACAACACCUCCAGCACCACGUUGUUACCCUGGCUCCAGUGAUCCUCGUUGUCCGACGACUCCGAGACCCACCACUCAGCCUCCACUGCGUUGCUUCCCAGGGUCAACCGAUCCACGUUGUCCUCAAACAACACCAAGACCAGUACCAAGUACUACUCCACCUACCACUCAGCCACCACUACGAUGCUUCCCAGGAUCCACUGAUCCACGGUGUCCCCAAACAACGCCGAGACCAGUGCCAACCACAGCUCCAGCACCUCGUUGCUUCCCCGGAUCAACGGAUCUACGCUGUCCAACAACUGCACGUCCGACGACGACAACACGUAAACCCUGCUACCCCGGUUCUCCGGAUCCGGCGUGUCCUAGGCCAUUCGUCACAACGACGCCAUCGCCGUGCUAUCCCGGCUCACCAGAUCCCAACUGCCCGCAGCCUUAUCGACCAACUAGCACCAAUCCUCCUGCUACUUAUCUACCACCGUUCCCAGCCACGGCCAAUGCACGCCCCGCUCGGCAUCUCAGCCCAGAAACGCUGAACGACAUAAACGCCCUGGCCGACUUAACAGACCAGGCUGCCGUCAUAGCUGAAACUUCAUCCAGCGCGAGUGCCGCUGACUCCGUAAACGCAAACGAAUCAAGACCGAAACGAGACGCCAGCCUAGCAAACGAAUUGGACGGAGAGGUGACGAAGGAAAUCAUCUCGAUCACGCUCAACAUCAAGGGUUACCAGUUUGCUGCAGAUCCGUGAGCCUCGGCACGGAUCGGACCGGGAUCAAGACACCGGCCAGUGUAAAACGCGAAUAAUACUCAUCUGAGAAGAGAAAGCGGCAUCGAAAGGAUGCCGGAACCACAAUAUUCAUUAGUGUGUAGUCGAACGUAGUCGAAAUUCGAAGAUCACUCACCAUAAAAGUGCCUACCAGUUAGAGAUAGACGUAAUGCUCGCUGUAAAUAAAGUCAAUAAAAUGUCCGCCAGA